AUUAUUAUCUUGUCUUGUUUAGUGUUGUUUCUUAGUGCUCAUGUUUAGGACAAAAAUAGAGUCUCAUCGACAUAGAUUGGUCUUCAGCUACGGUGUGCUCACUGUACCAGGAACUUCUCUACCGGUGUUAUGGUGAUCGGCAAUUGUUUGCAAACAAUGCUUCGAAACAGCCGACGCCCCUUGGGAAUUUCACUGACUGACAGCAUGACAAUCACAAGUGGGUCUACUGGUUUGACAGCCUUGUGUGCAAUAUUUUGCACAUGUCAGAUUACAGUAGGGGUGCCCGUACAGACCACCGUGGACUGUCAAGCAUCUGACUAUUUCAGAUUUUCCACAUUUCUAUCGAAGUAUCCAAUGUAACAGUUGCCCAUCUGGAAAACAAAAAAGACCCGGUAUUUGUUCCCAACGACAAAUACAUCUUGAGCAACAUCAGCGGGCAACUUACAGACACAGACGUGUAUAUAAGAGGGACAGCUAACAUAGAAUGUGAACUCGCAAGUACCAUAUUUGUGUUUUGUAUGGCUACUCAGAUUCUGCUUACAAGACUAAACGAUUCCAACCGAUGAUUGAAUUUGAUGUCGGCGUGGACAAUAUAUCUAUUACCAGCAGAACAGUUCUGUCCAAUGAUAGUACAUACGUCUCAGUACUGACAUGCGCUGGCUGGGUCUAAAGCAACAGAGAUGUGGUGGCUAUUUGGUUCGUCUGACAAGAAGUUCUGGAAAGCUGAUCCUCGUUCCUAUACUGUCACCAGGAGAGAUAGAUCUGGUUGUCAUGUGCACGUUUCUAGUGAACUGAGACUGGACGCAGGCAAAGGGCACACGCAGUUCAAGUGUAUGUUUGGGUUACAGGAAGUGGGAGAAACUAACCUAGGACCUGAAUAUACUCUAAGUAGCCAUCUGUUCUUCUCGACGGGGAUCUUGGUGUACCCUCAUUUUAUCUUCCUGCCGCCUUUCCGUGAUUUCCUUCUGACAAGAAACGUCAUUCCUCAAAGUUUCCGAGAUCCGAAAACAACGAGGAGCAGAACGCGCAGAGCCUUCAUUUCAUUGUUUACAGGAUUGAUCUUUGUUGUAUGGUGGGGCAUUGUGAUUCCUGAUGCUCACACCCCAGGGUUCCUGUGUUUUUUCGUUAUGGAAGCGGUAUUCUUCAUUCUUUAUGCUGGUGUCCGACUGCUGCCAGAAGGCUUCGAGAAAGACGAUGAAAGACUUCUCUACAACUCUCGAGUGACAUUGUCUUGUGGGGCAGUUACAACUCCAGGUAUUUGUUGGAUGAUCAUGAGAACUGAGAUGCAACUGGAGGUCUCUACACAAGAAAUUGUCUAGUUGAUUUUCACCGUCGGAUCGCUCAUCGCCUUCGUCUCUGUUUCCAACAAGAGAGAAUGGAAGACAUGGGAUAAGAGAAUUUAA